AUGGCCUCCAGGUUUCCACUUUCUUCUGUGAUGGGAGGAGCCACGAAGUCCCGCCCACCAGCCCGCUACAUCUCAGGACCCUCCUCCCAGGGGGCUGCGCCCGGAUUGGCUGGAGGGGCUCUUGCCUUUUGGAGGAAGGUGGACUCGUCGGAAGCAGAGAGGGCGCAGCAUCAGAGGCUCCUGGAAGAUGCCUUUGGAAAUUGUGCCUGUGUUAUGCGAGUGUGCUGCGACGGCCUUUCCGUACAGGGUGAAUCUGCUAUGGUUUCACAAAAGCGCGUGUUUGGAGGUCACACCAAGUCAAAAACUGUGCAAGGAGUCGUGACAAAGUUCUGUAGUAACUAUGGCUUGAUCGAUGAGUUGAUCUACUUCAGCAGUGAUGUUGUGACUGGCAAUGUGCUCCUGAAAGUUGGGCAAAAGGUUACUGCAGUUGUGGAGGAAAAUGAAACAUCUCAUGGACUAAAAGCAAUCAAAGUGGAUGCUUUCUGUGAUAAUAGCCACGGUGAUGAACUGCCAGACUCCUGUACUAGAAUCUCACUUGGCUGUAUGAACUCUCUGAUGGAAGGUGUUGAGUUCAUUCAUCACACAGCUUACUUCUCUCUAGAUAUUGUUUGUAAAGAUUUUGAACCUUAUCAGGGUGACCGAGUAGAAGUUGUAUUUUCCAUCCAGCCAGACGCACAAAGCAGAAAGGCCCUCUCAGUGAAGCCUCUGAGACACAAGCACGUGCACAAGGUCUGCAUUACUAGCCUGCAGGGAAGAAAUGGGGUGCUAGAUGAUACUAUCUUUUUCACCCUGGAAUCUCUGAAACUUCCUGAUGACUACGUACCUCGAGUAUCUGACAUGGUCGAUGCAGUCGCGGUGGAGAGUGUUCAGUCCUGCUAUGUUUGGAGAGCAAUUUCUAUGACUCUAGUGAAAAGGGGGUAA